AUGAGCGCCGGGCUGGACCGCAUGUCUGUGAACUCCUCCUGCUCCGGCUCCCCGGCGGCGGCGGGGUCCCCCUCGGGGGCCGGCGCCCGGCUGCUCUCGGCCAACGUGCGGAAGCUGCACCGUGCCCUGAACCUGCUGCUGAGCGAGCCGGAGCGGGAGCAAUUCAUCCACUGCCUGAACGUCUACCACGCCCGCCGCAACGUCUUCGACCUGGUGCAGACCCUCCGCGUCCUGCUGGACAGCCCGGACAAGCGGCAGCUGCUGCCCAUGCUGCGCCUGGUCAUCCCCCGCUCCGACCAGCUGCUCUUCGACCGGUACACCUCGGAGGGGCUGUACCUGCAGUCCGGCUUCCUGCCCGGCUGCAGCGCCCCCCUGGCUGCGCCGCCCCAGCCCGCUCCCGGGCCGGAGUUCAGCACCGCCGCCCGCGGGACAGCUCCCCCGGCGGGCCACGCCGCGCAGGAGCUGCGCGGGGAGCUCAGGCAGGUGAGCCUGAAGAGGAACAAGACCCACGAAGGACUGGGCUUCAGCAUCCGAGGGGGCGCUGAGCAUGGGGUGGGCAUCUACGUGUCCCUGGUGGAGCCGGGCUCCCUGGCAGAGAAAGAAGGGCUCCGGGUCGGGGACCAGAUCCUGAGGGUCAAUGACAAGUCGUUGGACAGGGUGACCCACGCUGAAGCUGUCAAGGCUCUGAAAGGCUCCAAGAAGCUGAACCUGUCGGUGCAUUCAGUUGGGCGGAUCCCUGGGGGCUAUGUCACCAACCACAUUUACACUUGGGUGGAUCCCCAGGGGCGGAGUGCGUCCCCACCCAUGGGCCUGCCCCAGCACCAGAGCAGCUCCCUGCGGAAGGACAGCGAGAAGAGGAGUCACCUGCAGCUUCUGCAAGAGGGGGAUGAGAAAAAGGUGAACCUGGUGCUGAACGAAGGGAAGUCCUUGGGCCUCAUGAUUCGAGGAGGAGCAGAAUAUGCUCUGGGCAUUUACAUCACCGGGGUGGAUAAGGGCUCGGAAGCGGAAAGCACUGGCCUGAAGGUGGGAGAUCAGAUCCUGGAGGUGAAUGGCAGAAGCUUCCUCAGCAUCUCCCACGACGAGGCGGUGAAGUUGCUGAAGUCGUCGCGACACCUCAUCAUGACUGUGAAGGACAUCGGAAGGCUGCCACAUGCCCGUACCACGGUGGAUGAGACCCGAUGGAUAAUGAGCUCCCAGAUUGGAGAGACCCCAGUGAACACAGCAGGGGCAGCUGGUGAUCACACAGCAGAGGCAACGGGAAAGCCCAUGUUUCACAGGGGCCUGGCUGGCUCCCAGGUGACGCUCAGCAGCCUGGUGAACCAGACCCGCGUCAUACUAGAGGAGCAAGCUCGCCACCUUCUGAAUGAACAGGAGCGGGCAACCAUGGCCUACUACCUGGACGAAUACAAAGAGACCAACAUCUCCAUUGACUCCCUCAUGAUGGCUCUCUUUGAGCUACUCAACACACACGCCAAGUUCUCGCUACUAUCUGAGGUGAGGGGCGUGAUAGCCCCCCAGGACCUUGAUCGCUUCAAUAACCUGGUUCUGAAGCGGGAGAUCGAGUCCAUGAAGGCCCGACAGCCCUCGGUGCCCAGUGCAGACUCCUACUCUAUGACGUCCUACAGCGACACCGGCUCCUCCGCUAGCAGCCACUUCACCUCCACCACGGUCAGCUCGGCCCGGGAGCGGCUCUUGUGGCUAAUAGACCUGAUGGAGAACACCGCAGACCUGGACGGAAGUGGAGAGGGACUCCAGAGCAGUAUCAAUGCCCUGCCGGAUAUCUCCCUGGACGAUGUUUCGUCUUUCCCUGAGGAACCGCCCAGCUUUAAGCCCCCACCUCCUUCUCCAGCUCAAGCACUGGACUCCUCCAAUGCCCAGCUCCGAAAGACAGCGAAAGACACACCCCAGCGCCCUUCCUCUGAAUCCUUCCAGUCAGGCCUCUUCUUCGUGGCCCCUCCUGGCCCCAGCCCGCCUCCCAGCCACCCCAAUAAGGACACAGCCAGCGUGACUUCCACCUCGGCCUCUGCGUCCACUGCGGACUCUGCCUCGAGCACCGUCUAUGCCAUCGUUUCCCCUGCUGCUCUCAGCUCCAGGAGGCACCUGGGUGCCCACUUGUCCUUGGUCAACCAGCACCCGAUAGGCCCCUUUCCCAGAGUUCAGUCUCCAACCAGACUGAAGAGCCCAUCUCCUGAGAGCAUCCCAGCCAGUAUCCUCCCGACACCCACUCCUCGGUCCCCUCCCCAUCCCCCAUCGCACCUGGAGCCAGACAAAGGCAGCCCGCAGUCAGCGAUCAACCAGCACUUUAUCAUGGUGGAGGUGCAUCAGCCCAACAGCGAGCCGGACGUGAACGAAGUGAGAUCCUUGCCCCAAGCCCGAGCCUCCACGCUCUCCCAGCUGUCGGACAGCGGGCAGACCCUCAGCGAGGACAGCGGGGUGGACAUCGGUGAGGUGGAGCUGAGCGGCAGGGACAAGAACUGGCAGCAGAUCCCUGGGAAAAGCCGAAGCCCCAAGGAGGCAACGAGAAGUGAUGGGCCAGCAGAGGCAGCCUCCAGACCGCCUGGCCUUCUGGAGCCCACAUCCUGUCUGAUUCGAGUGGCGAAGAGCGCGCCAACCCUGGGGAUCGCCAUCGAGGGCGGCGCCAACACCCGGCAGCCUCUGCCCCGGAUAGUCACCAUACAGCGAGGCGGAUCUGCCCACAACUGCGGGAAGCUGAAGGUGGGGCACGUGAUCCUGGAGGUGAACGGCACGACGCUGCGGGGAAAGGAGCACCGGGAAGCCGCGCGUGUCAUCGCCGAGGCCUUUAAAAUGAAAGAGAAGGAUCACAUCGAUUUACUGGUCACCGAGUUCAACGUCGCACUUUAGGGGGCUCGGCGGCCCCCGAGCCAAACGGACAGAAGAGCGAGGGAGCUGGAUCAAACCGGGGUUAACGCGUGCACCCACAUGCCCCAGCACAGAAGCCACCCUCCAUGGCAGAGCUGGCACUGUCCCCUGCCCAGUGUGUGACCGCUCACACACACACACACACACACACACACACACACACACACACACACACGUUCCAGGCACAGAACACGGGCAGCAAGCAGUGCUCUGCUUCUGGGGCUGACAGCAGCAGUGUGGGUGAUGGGCCCCAGGGCUGAGAAGGACUGCGGGAGAGUGUGGGGCCAAAGGGAGGGAGGGGCGAGGAAGCAACGGAGGGUGAGGGAGAGAGGAGAAUCCUGACUCCAGCUGAUGCCUGCAUCUCCUGCCUGGGCACUGCCCUGCCUCUUUCUGUCUUCAGUGGUUCAGAUUCAUUUCCCAGUUUAAGCCAUAUUCCAGAUGGUCUUUGCCUGCACCUCCUCCUCGAUUUGGGGGUAGGGAAGCCAGCCACAUCCUUGAGUGCUCACCUCCACCCUGCCCCUUCCCCCAUCACCCCACCAACGUCUCUCUCCCCUCUGUUCUUCCCCCUUCCUCUGCACAGAGAAUCCCUCCAUGCCUGGGAGAUGGGAUGGGGACAAGGAGCACGGCCAUAGGUGCAGGGUGCCCUGCCAUGCAGUAAUGUUAGUACAACACGUGCUAUGUGGGGAACUCCACAGCUGCUAAUGGCAUCAGUGAAGUGAGAGUGGGGGAACAGGGGAGAGCUUUCUGGUGAUCACUGGCUUAAUGUGUUCUCUUAGGUGCUUGUCCAUUGUGCGCUGGGUGGCAGGCAUGUGUCCCAGGCCCCCAUCACCCAUGCCCCAUGUCCCAGUAUGUACAGCCAGUAAUGGAUGCCUUGUAAAUUGCCAGCAGCAUCAGUGUAUUUAUAUAUACAGAGCUUGUGCUUUUAAUUUUUCAA